AUGCUAGAGGGCGAGGAUGUCAUGAUCAUCGCGAAAACUUACUAUGUCCCAUCGACAUCCGAUCUUUCAGAAACGAUAGCCACUAAAUCCGAUGAGAGCGUCCGGUCACCUUCAGCGAAGCACAACCUAAACCUGGGGCAGCCUACUACGUUACAAUUGCUGCCGGAAAUGCAUGCUGGAGGCACCUCUCGCUCGGGUUCGCAGGUUGAGACACCCAUUUGGUUUGGCAAGUUGACACGCCACCUAUAUGACGAUGUCUAUCUCAAACGCCGAGACAAGCUUGCGGAUGCUGCUCAUCAUGGAGACCGGGAUGUCGUCCAGGCAUAUGUGCGAGAAGCCCGUGGCGCUGGAUUCAACUCCUGGCCAAAUUAUCACCGACUCGGGGGUUCGCGAGGCCCAUCUGGCUGGACUCCUCUGCACCAGGCCUCAUUCCUUGGGGUCCCCGAAUCUGUUGUUAGUAUGCUCAUCGAUCAUGGUGCCUCAAGGAUUUUGCAAACUCCGUGGACUUCGCAGGGAGAGCUCCCUUACCUUAACAUGACUUCACUGGAAAUGCCGCAGUUCCUGGGGUCUAGGCAUCUGUAUAGGGCACUCUCACCAGCCAUACUUCAUCAUAUUCCACCUGCAACCCUAGACAGGUUGCAACAACAUUUCCGCGCCUUGAUCAAAGACGAUUUGGCUGGUCAACGCGAAGGGGCCAACUUGCGUCUUCCCGAACUAAAACUGCUCACCGAGCUGCAGAAUCCAGAGACGUAUUUUCCGCUCCGGUCUCCCAAGAUUGCCAUGGAUGGCCGAGAGCUUAUGACAAUGAGCAUCGAUAUUUCCCCGUCCUCAGGGUCACAAUGUUUUCGCAUCACGGAACGAAUUGGUGUGCAACAGAUCCACGAUGCUGUGUUGUUCGAUAUGAAGUAG